AAACGUUACAGUGAACGAAAAAUAAUAUUACCCUGAGUAGUAGGAAAAACAAUUGAAACAGAGAAGAAUUGAAUUGUUCACAGUUAAGAGAGAAAAUGGCGGAAACGAACAGGAACAGUGGAGGUAGUGAGACGGCAACGCCAUUACUGAGAUCAAUAGAUGGAGAGUUGGAGAGUGGAAGGGGGAAUAAUGGGAGACCCAAAGAGCCAUGGAAAGGGGAAGUAGUGAAGAGCAUUGUAUAUGCAGGGCUUGAUGCCAUUGUCACUUCUUUUUCCCUCAUUUCUUCCAUUUCUGCUGGCCAUCUUUCUUCUGUUGAUGUCUUGGUAUUGGGUUUUGCUAAUCUAGUAGCUGAUGGAAUAUCUAUGGGGUUUGGGGAUUAUGUGUCAAGCAGCACGGAGAAGGAUGUCGCAGCCAAGGAGAGGACAGUCACUGAGUGGGAUGUCAUUAACCAACACAGGCCUCAGAAGCAGGAAUUACUUCGACAUUAUCAGGAACUUGGAAUGAAUGAUACUGAUGCUAGUACAGUGGUGGACAUAUUUUCCAAGUAUAGGGACAUAAUGGUGGACGAGAAGAUGGCAACAGUGAAAGGAUUAUUGCCACCAGAUCAAGCUGACAAACCAUGGAAGAGUGGACUAAUCACGUUUGCUGCCUUCAUCGUGUUCGGUAGUGCACCGCUUCUGGCAUUCAUCGUGCUCAUCCCGUUCACAAACAAUGACACGCACAAGUUCAUAGGUGCGUGUGUGUUUUCUGCAGUAGCCCUUGCACUGCUUGGGAUAGCUAAGGCCAAGAUUGCUGGUCAGAAUUAUGCACUUUCCGCAGGCAUUACCCUUUUCAAUGGACUCGUUGCUGGGGCUGCUGCAUAUGGUAUUGGUUGGGCACUUAGGAAUGUUGCUGGCUUGGAAGAAUAAUCACUCAAUAUUAUGUUGCAUAACUGGUUUUGCUGUUAAAGCAAAGCUAAGGGUCACAUAAAGAGAUGAUGAUAUCCUAGGUUUUAACCAUUUUUGUGACAACAAAAUCGAACACUUAAUGACUGAAAUUUACUGUACUAACUUUAUGUAGCGAAUGACUUUUGUCGUCUGGUUAAUGUACUUGUGUAACAGUGUCAUGAUCCUCAAUUAUAGAUAGAAAAUAUCAAUAGAAAUGUUGUUGCCAAGGAUUGAUAUGUGAAUAAGUGGAGUAGUGCAAUUAACUGCCAAUAAAAUCAACGGCUGUGAUAAGAGGUUCAUUUAAUUAGCUGGACGAUCGAGAUGAUGCCACGUCACCAGGUUGUUAUGAGUUAUUAUUUAACGAUAAUGACAGGAGAGAGAAGAAUUAGAUUUGGAUCAGAUAUCAAUGACGAUGGCAGCUCACAAGAUAUUUAGCUAGUUUGAAUUCGUAUUUCAAUUCUCUGUAUUUUGCAUUCCAUUUUGACCAGUUUAUAUAAUAUCGAAAAUUGUCCCAAAAACAUUUUACUGAUUUCUGAGUUGAUUCGAUUGGAAUCUGUGUGAUCCUAAUUGGGAUCAUAUCAAACAGUAAGUUAAAGAUUCCAACGUAGCCAAUUCGAUUUUGGAGAAGGAAAAGCGUUGAAAAGUCAAGUGACCCGACAAAAUUUGGCUCUUUUUUAUUUUGUGCUCCUAAGUCCUGACCUUUUCGAAUUCAUUUGUUUUUGUGCAAAGCAAAGCCAGUUAGGGGGAAGCGUAUCUUAUCAGAAUUAUUUAAUUCAUUGUUCUUGUGCAAAGCAAAGCCAGUUAAGGGAAAGCGUUUCAUAUCAGAAUUUUUUAGUUCUCCAGUGUCAUGCUUAUUGCGACAUUCGUUGUAUAAGUUCUUCAUUCGUCUUCAUUUGUUCCCUUAGACAAAAGUUCCUUUAAUCUUUUUGCUCCAAGCUUCCUCAACAAAAGUAACAACUUUCUAGUAACGGGUUACGGGGGCACCGAUUUAUGUACCGACUAGCUUUCAUUCAUCUAGGUAGCUUUCUGCACACAUUAUAAGGAGAUAUUUAUCAGUUUCGGUUAUUAGAGUAUUUGUCUACUAUAAUUUUUAUUUCACCUUAAUGUUUGAUUGGUGCAUUUCAAAAAAGGAAGUAACGAAUGAUCUUUUGUACUCUUUUAAAUCUCAAAUAUUUUAAACUUAAUUCCGAAAAUGAGUUAUACUAUUUGAGACAACGAAGUAGAUUUUUUAAUUUCACCUUGAAUAAGAAUGAGUAAUAUCACAUCCGCAAAG